AUGUAAAGAUUAGCAAAAAUUUUAUUUAGAAAGCCUUAACAUUCAUUUUCCUCGAAUGUUCCUAGAAUCAGAUCUUAUUCUGUUACAGCAGAAUCAGUGAGUUAUUCUGCAAAAAUAACAACUGAAAAUAACCAUGUUUUGGUUUCUGAUCUUUCAAAACAAUCAGGUGGUUAAGGUAAUGGAAUCUCACCACUAGAAUUAUUCUUAUCCUCACUUGUGGCAUGUGAAAGUGUAACUUCAUAAGUUAUAUCUAAAAAUUUAGGAUUUAAGAUUUCUACUGCAUCAUACUAAAUACAUGGAUAAAGAGAUGAUAGAGGUUAUCAUCAUCUUCCAAUGACUGCAGAAGCUCCGAUAACAUCAAAUUUUACUAGGAUUUGGGGAACCAUCUAUGCUGAAACUGAUGCAACAUAAGAAUAGCUAAAUUAAUUAAAUGAAAUAUUAAAAAAAAGAUGUCCUAUUGCAAGAAUGAUAAUAGAUUCUGGCUGUAAAUUAGAUGUUGAAUGGAUAAAAAAAUAAUGA